AUGGAUCUGCUGGGAUCAAUAUUAGGUUCCAUGGAUAAACCACCAGCAAAAGACAAAAAUAAAACACAGAUGUACGAAAAACAACGAAAGCAGUACGAAACUGAAAAAAAUAAGCAACGUGAAGAACUGAACCGCUUUCGUUCAUAUGUAGAAGAGCGCCUAGGGCGUUUCAUGAAAGAUGAUAAUCGGUUUUACAUGGAAUUCCAGCCGCUGGACCAAGUGUACCGAUCCAUAGUGCACGACAUUUCCGAAACCGCUGGACUUUUUGCAAUGAGUUUUGGAACGGAAGAAGACCGAUACAUAGUGGUCUACAAAAAGGAGCACUUGCCGAGCGAAGAUGAGGUGCAAGCGCGGAAGAAAGGAGAAACUUGGAAUAAGGAAAUAGCAAAACAGUAUGCUGAACGUAGCAAAUUACUGCGUUCAAAAUUGUUGGACUGCAAAGAUGAUACAGCAACGACCGCAAUCACAGACAUAAAACCAACUUCAAAUUACAACAAAAAGUACAUGCACCUUUUUGGGAAUGAUGCAGCGCUAGAAGCAGCAAGAAAAACUGAAAUCAACAGAAGUUACGGAUAUGUACCGAGUGCGAACAAGAAGGAUGUUCGCUCCAUUGAGCAAACGAUGGCAGACAUUUCAGCAAAGAAACGGCUCAAAACUCAACAUCCGGAGCCGCCUGUUCAAUAA